AUGAAUUCAGAGACUUCGCCUUGUCUAGGAGACCCGAUGACUGAGCUCAUCACAACUUACAGUGAACUCAAUGUCGCCUUUGUUGAUGAGCUGGACGAGGAACCCAGUCCGCUCGAGUUCAUGCGCUAUGUCGCCCGUAAUACUCCCUUCGUCGUCCGCGGCGCAGCCUCCUCUUGGAAGUCAAAUAAGACAUGGGACAAGGAAUUCCUCUUAAAUUCCUUUAGGGGCCAGACCGUCAAUGUCGCAGUGACGCCGUUCGGCAACGCCGAUGCGCCAACCCAACAUGGCGACGGGAACGUUGUCUUCGCAAAGCCUCAUGAGGAAGAUGAAAAUUUUGAAGAGUUUCUCAACUAUGUCAUCGAUCAAGAACGAAGCAAGGACACGACGUCGGAGGUUCGUUAUGCUCAGACUCAAAAUGACAAUCUCCGUAACGAAUAUCUCCCUCUCUUCACCGAUGUGCCUUCUUCGAUUCCCUUUGCCCGCAUCGCCCUUGAUCGUGACCCCGACGCCAUAAACCUCUGGAUAGGCAACUCCCGCUCCGUCACAGCCCUACACAAAGACAACUAUGAGAAUAUUUACGUUCAGGUCCGCGGCCGCAAACACUUCGUUCUUCUUCCGCCGCUGUGCCAUCCAUGCGUCAAUGAGCAGAUGCUGACGUCUGCGACUUAUCGCCGCCGUGACGGUGCCCGCGAUCUGGUACUGGAACUUGAUCAGAACAACAUCGACGCUGCUGAUGGUGGCAGGGAGAAUAAUGAUGGAGGAAGCGAGAAAAACGACACGUCAAGAGCUCAGGACCAGGUUCCCUUCGCAACGUGGGACCCCGAUUUACCCGGCUUUAAUGCUACAUCGUAUUCUCGCCUUGCCGAGCCUGUCAGAGUCACUCUUGAACCGGGCGAUAUGCUCUAUCUCCCAGCAAUGUGGUAUCACAAGGUAUCACAAUCAUGCCCGGAAGACGGCGAGGGCUUCGUGUUGGCAGUCAACUACUGGUACGACAUGGACUUCAGCGGACCGUUAUACCCUCUGAGCUCUUUCGUCAGAAACGUCAGUCUGGCAAAGUCGUCCAUGCCAGCAUCAACUACACAGCAAUAG